GCUAAUACCGGACGUGAUGAAAACAACACAACGCGCUAUCUAUCUGGCUAGCUAGCUACUCAACUUGCAUUUUCUACAAAUGUCUAAAAUACAGUUGUUGAGGGUUUUCCUCAACGAGAGAUUAACAGCUGCUGCUGAGGAGAUAUUCGGGGUUGUUGAAAAAACUAUAGCAGAGUAUCAGGAGGAAGUUGUCCGUCUACAGAGGCUGCUCGACAUUGACAUUGUUCUUCAACCUGAGAAAAACCUACACAGAGCAGACGUCCAACAGCUCGCUGUCUCUGAAGAGGAGGUUCCCCCUGAGCAGCAGCACUGUGAGCAGGAGUGGAGCCCCAGUCUGGUGCAGGAGGACCCAGAGCCCACACAGAUUAAAGAGGAACAGGAGGAACUCAGGACCAGUCAGGAGGAAGAGCAGAUUCAAGGGCUUGAGGCAGAUACCAUAGAGUUCAUAUUCAAACCUGUCUGUGUGAAAAGUGACUGUGAUGAGGACCCAACUCAGCUCUCACAUCUCUAUCAAGCCCAAAAGGAAGGAAACGGAGAGAGAGACACUCUACCCAAUACGAAAACUGAAAAGAUCAAAACAGAACCUGAUGGAGAGAUCUAUGUAGAAGCAGAACCAACCGGUGUCUCUCAGCCUUUCUCUACAGUACAUCCAGACUGUUCUGCAGAUCAGAGUGAAAACAGUCAACGUGUCAGUGGUAUGGAGACAGGAGGACUUCAGUCAGGUUUUAAGCCAGUCAUAUCAAAGAGAACAAAGAUGGUAAAAGGACAAAGGUCCCAUAUCAAUACUAAGGGUAGGGAAUCUACACAGUUGUCCCUCCUGAAAUCACCCAGUCGAAGUAAUUAUACUCGCUGCUGUUGUAAGGUGUGUGGCAAGUCUUUUCUUCAAAUGGGUUCAUUAGUUAAACACGUGCAAACUCAUAAAAAAGAUGAAGGUAUUUGUGGUGUGUGUGGAAAAUGCUUUCAGUCCACAGAAAGUAUGAAAGAUCACUUCCAAACUCACAUUGCAGCUAGUUUUUGUUGUGAUGUUUGUAGUAAAGGGUUCAGCAAGAACAGUAAGCUGAUAGUGCACAUGAGGAUUCACACAGGGGAGAGUCCAUAUCGUUGUUGUCAUUGUGGCAAAGGAUUCAAACAGAAUGGUAGUCUAAAAAUACACAUGAGAAUACACACAGGGGAGAAACCCUUUUCAUGCCCUGUUUGUGGUUCAUGUUUCAGUCAGAAUGGAGAUCUAAAAAUACACAUGAGGAUUCACACAGGGGAGAAACCAUAUAGCUGUUGUCAUUGUGGCCAAGGAUUCAACCAGAAGGGAAAUCUAAAAACACACAUGAGGACCCACACAAGAGAGAAACCUUAUCACUGUCAUGAUUGUGGCCAAGGAUUCAGCACUGGCAGCGCUCUGAAAAGACACAUUAUGAUUCACACAGGGGAGAAGCCUUUUUGCUGUCCUGAUUGUGGCAAGACAUUUAAUCGGAGUGGAAAUGUAAAAUUACACAUGAGGAUCCACAAAGGGAAGAAAUAAUAUCAUUGCCAUUUGUGGCAAAGGAUUUUCAGCACUAGUGGCCUUCUGAAAUUCAACAUGAGGAUUCAUACUGGAGAGAAACGGUAUCAUUAGUGACUGUGGUAAAGGAGUCUGCGCUGGCACCAAUCUGAAAUGACCAUAAGGACUCGGGAGAGAAUAGAUAUCCUCAAUUUAGAAAAUGCUUUUCCCAAUCAGGUACAUUAAAUAACAAUCAGACCACAAUGAGAAAACACUGUCUUUCAUUUCAAAAUGAUAGAAUAGUCACUAGAGGAAGAACUUAACGGUGUGCUGUUUGGGGAAAGGUCUGAAGACAGAAAAUUGAGCGUCACAUUGUAACUUCCACCUGUGAGAGGAGAUGCCCCUCAGAACACAUCUCUUGGGUGAAUAAGUUAUGACUGAAUUACUGCUUGAACGUAAGAACUCCCCAUCACUGUCUAACAGAGCAGUUAGUGGAUUUCUGAGAAACAGGAGUCUAGUUGUUAAUUAUAGGAUGACACAACAGACAUUUGGGAAACUAUGUCUUCCCUUUGUACAUAAAACAUAUUUUUGUUUUUUAGAGUAAACAUUUGUUUAAAAUGUUAGUCUGCUACAUUAUGUACACUGAGUGUACAAAACAUUGGGAACACCUACUCUUUCAAUGACACGGACUGACCAGGUGAAUCCAGG